ACCAUGAACCAGUCAGGGUCCGUGAGCUGCUGCCCGGGUGCUACCAAUGGCAGCCUGGGCCGGUCUGAUGGAGUAGCCAAGAUGAGUGCUAAGGACCUGUUUGAGCAAAGGAAGAAAUACUCCAACUCCAACGUCAUCAUGCACGAGACCUCGCAGUACCACGUCCAGCACCUGGCCACAUUCAUUAUGGACAAGAGCGAGGCCAUCGUCUCUGUGGACGACGCCAUCCGAAAGCUGGUGCAGCUGAGCUCCAAAGAGAAGAUCUGGACGCAGGAGAUGCUGCUGCAGGUCAAUGACCAGGCCCUUCGAUUGCUGGACAUCGAGUCCCAGGAGGAACUGGAGAACUUUCCGCUGCCCACUGUACAACACUGCCAGACGGUGCUGAACCAGCUACGCUACCCGUCAGUGCUGCUCCUCGUGUGCCAGGAGUCGGAACAGAACAAACCCGACGUCCACUUCUUCCACUGCGACGAGGUGGAGGCGGAGCUGGUGCACGAAGACAUCGAGAGCGCGCUCGCAGAUUGCCGUCUCGGCAAGAAGAUGCGGCCGAAGACCCUCAAGGGUCACCAGGAGAAGAUCCGCCAGCGGCAGUCCAUACUGCCCCAACCCAAGGGCCCGGCCCCCAUCCCCUUCCACCGCCAUGGUGGUGGCCACUCGCCCCAGGCCACCAAGAACCGCGUGGGCCCACCAGUGCAACUCAGUGAGCCAGGCUUCCGUCGUCGGGAUUCGCAGGAUGAGGAGCCGCGGGCUGUGUUGGCGCAUAAAAUCGAGAAGGAGACGCAAAUUCUCAACUGCGCGCUGGACGACAUCGAGUGGUUCGUGGCACGGCUGCAGAAAGCCGCCGAGGCUUUCAAGCAGCUAAAUCAGCGGAAGAAGGGGAAAAAGAAGGGCAAGAAGGCGCCGGCAGAGGGCGUCCUCACGCUGCGGGCGCGGCCCCCCGCCGAGGCUGAGUUUAUUGACUGUUUUCAGAAAACCAAGCUAGCCAUCAACCUGCUGGCCAAGCUGCAGAAACACAUCCAGAACCCCAGCGCCGCGGAGCUCAUGCACUUCCUUUUCGGACCUCUGGAGCUGAUCAUCAGCACUUGUGGCGGCCCCGAACUCGCGCGCUCAGUCUCCAGCCCCCUACUCUCCCGGGAGGCGGUGGGCUUCCUGCGCGGCCACCUGAUCCCCAAGGAGAUGGCGUUGUGGGAGACGCUAGGAGAGACCUGGACACGCCCCCGCGCCGAGUGGCCUCGGGAGCCGCAAGUUCUCCCGUACGUGCCCAAGUUCCACAGCGGCUGGGAGCCUCCCCUGGACGUGCUGCAGGAGGCCCCCUGGGAGGUGGAGGGGCUGACAGCUGCCCCUGGUGACGAGCCAACUCCAGUGAGCCGCCCGUCCUUUCGAAACUCAGCGAAGGCAUCCAAGCCCACACCUCUGGGAGACGUCCUCCCACCAACCAGCUCCCCCCAUGCUCACAGGGGCUACGAUCCAACACCCACCAUGAGCAAGUACGUCAAGAUCCUCUACGACUUCACAGCCCGGAACGCCAACGAGCUAUCUGUGCUCAGGGACGAAAUCUUAGAGGUACUAGAGGAUGGUCAGCAGUGGUGGAAGUUGAGGAACCGUAGUGGACAGGCAGGCUACGUGCCCUGCAACAUCCUGGAUGAAGUUCGGCCUGAGGAGGCAGGUGCCCCACUAGAGCAGGCAGGUUCAAAAUACUGGGGCCCUGCCAGCCCAACGCACAAGCUGCCUGUGAACUUCGCUGGGAAAAAAGAGGAGCUGAUCCACCACAUGGAUGAAGUCAACGACGAACUCAUCAAAAAGAUCUCUCACAUCAAGGCGCAACCGCAGCGGAACUUCCGCGUGGAGCGCAGCCAGCAGGUGCGCCAGCCGCUCACCUUCGAGUCCGGCCCAGACGAGGUCCGAGCCUGGCUGGAAGCCAAGGCCUUCAGCCCGCGCAUCGUGGACAACCUGAGCGUCCUGACCGGCCCCCAGCUCUUCUCACUCAACAAGGAGGAGCUGAAGAAGGUGUGCGGGGAGGAGGGCAAUCGAGUCUACAGUCAGCUGACCGUGCAGAAGGCUGCCCUGGAGAAUAAACACGGUGGGUCUGAGCUGGAGGAACUCAUGAACAAGUUUCAUUCCAAGAACCAGAGGAGGACGGAGGACAGCUAG